AUAUUUCUGAAUUUACAGUUAUGAUUUUAUAAAUGCAGUUGGUGCUUUCAAACUCAAGAGAAGAACGGAGAAAUCUGUAUCUGGUUCUUUUUGAUUAUUUAUUGCAUAAGAUAAAUGAGACAUGUAUAGCUUCUGGAGUGUCCGAGUACAGUGAUGAUGAGGUUCAACCUAUUGCUACCUUACUCAUGCUUGCAGAUGCACCUGAAGCUCUGCAUUUAUCUGUCAAGUUAGGAGUUGAAGGCAUGGUGGAGCUAUUGAAAAGAUCAAUCUCUACAGCAUUGUCCAGAUAUCCUAAUAAUGAUCGGCUUAUUACACUUUUGCAGAGUAUGGUAGAGAAGUUUGAUAUGCUCAUGAGAUCAUUUACUUGUCUAGACACAGAAUUUACCCAAAUGGUUCAAAUGACCAAAUCAUUCAAGUCUUUAGAAAGCAUUGAUGAAGUUCACAUAAACAGUGUUGGCAUUAAAGCAAAGCUCUCUUGGGCUACUUUACAUUCUCUUCUUCAUUCUGAACGAUCUGCUUAUCGGCACAAUGGUUAUCUCUGGUUAGUAGAUUUGCUCAUUGCAGAAAUAAGUGAUGAAGGGGACGAGAGCCUGUGGUUGAGCAUACAAACCUUGGAGCAAAAAAUAAAAAUUGCUGGUGUUAAUGAUUAUUCAGCUUCUUUAGGUGUUCCUUUACCCAUUUGGCUUAUGUGUGGGCUUCUAAAGUCAAGAAACAAUCUUGUCAGAUGGGGUUUUCUACUUGUUCUAGAGAGGCUGCUCAUGCGAUGCAAAUUUCUGUUAGAUGAGAGUGAAGUUCAACAUGUUAUCAGAAGUGAAGCUUCAGGCCACAUGCACGCCAAGAAUCGUCUUGAAAAAGCAAAUGCUGUGAUAAACAUUAUGAGUAAUGCCUUAUCCUUGAUGGCCCAAAGAAACGAGACUGAUCGUAUGAAUAUUUUGAAGAUGUGUGAUAUUCUAUUUUCACAAUUGUGCUUGAAAGUAGUCCCUACAACCGCGAUGCUGUUCGGAGACACACAGAUUCAUGAUUCUAGUAGCUCAGAGCGGAAUAAAGCAGGGGCGGAAUCUCUCUCUCAAAAAGAGAAUCUUGGCCGGGAAGAAUCCAUGGGGGAUUCUGACAGCAAGAUUGGCAAAAGUUUUAAUCCUAAAAUCUGUGGUACUGCAUCGAUGGCAGCACUGCUGCUUAAUGGACAAGCAAUUGUACCAAUGCAAUUAGUUGCACGCAUUCCUGCUGCUUUAUUUUACUGGCCUCUCAUCCAACUUGCUGGAGCUGCAACAGACAAUAUUGCAUUGGGUGUCUCUGUUGGUAGCAAAGGAAGAGGGAAUAUACCAGGUGCCACGUCAGAUAUACGGGCUACCCUUCUCUUACUUCUAAUUGGUAAAUGUACAGCAGACCCUGCUGCUUUUUCAGAUGUUGGUGGUGAACAGUUCUUCAGGGAGUUGUUGGAUGAUACAGACGCAAGAGUGGCAUACUACUCUUCUACCUUUCUUUUGAAGAGAAUGAUGACAGAGGAACCAGAAAAUUACCAACGGAUGCUUCAUAGUCUUGUUUCAAGAGCUCAGCAGAGUAACAAUGAAAAGCUGUUGGAGAAUCCCUACCUUCAGAUGCGUGGCUUACUUCAGCUGUCAAAUGAAUAAUUUGGAAGCUCUGAGUUGUGCUUGAUUUGUUUGGUUUCAUUUGGAGAAAUUUAUUGCUCCGUGCUCCUGAUGAUCAAUGUAUUCUGGUGGGGCAAUCCCUGGUUAGAUUGUGAAUUAGUGAGAUACAAGAUGCUUAAAGAGGCUUCAAUUCACAACUUAUUCCAUGCAGCCAAAUUGAAAUCAACAGAACAAGGUGCUUAUACAUUAAACUUGGCCACAUACUGUCUGCCGUUGUAUAUUCUUCAAGAGCCUCCGUUAUGCUGCAGUUGGGAUCACAUUAAGAGAGUUCCAUCUAUUGGUUGAAAUGAUAAAAAAUCACUUAUACAUAUGAAAAAUAAAGCUUUGCAUUCGUUUGAAGUUUAUGAAUUGGCACUUUUGUGCGUACAGUUGCCAAAGCACAAACAUCCAGGUACUUCUGUUCAAAUAUGCUCUUUCUAUUAAAUUCCCAUAUUUUCAAAAUGUUGGAUGUGACGAAAAGCCUUUCCAAUUAUGAAUUUU